UGUGGUUGUACAAGCAACUCUUUAAAAGCGCCCCACAAUAUACAAUCCCAUCUGACAUUACAAUACCCCACAGAGAGGGAGGAUACGGCUGCAUGUGCCAGAAGCAUGCAUUUGCAGAUGUGCCUCUUUUAGACUUUGCAAAAGAUUUUUUUGUGCACGGAAACACCGAAAAGAAAUCCAAAUAAUGGCAAUCCUGAAUCAUUUCACGACAACAUGCUGGAAGAGUUUGCAAGGCGACCGGCUAAACAAGCAGCUGUUCUUCAUUUUACGCGCUUUGCACAAGUCUGCAGCCAGCGAGGCUUUCGGGAUGUCCUCGGCUGGAGAAGAAGAGGCCAUGCCUGAGAGAUUGAUCACAGAGAAACCCAGAGUCAUGAGCCUGAAGGAGAUGCCUGGACCCAGCACCCUGUCCAACCUGGUCGAGUUCUUCUGGAGAGACGGGUUCAGUAGAAUCCACGAGAUUCAGAUGGAGCACAGGAAGAAGUUUGGCAAAAUUUUCAAAUCCCGUUUUGGGCCCCAGCUGGUGGUCUCGGUGGCAGACCGCGACCUGGUGGCUGAGGUGCUGAGGGCUGAGGGCGUGGCCCCCCAGAGAGCCAACAUGGAGUCCUGGAAGGAGUACAGAGAUAUGAGAGGCCGUUCCACUGGCCUCAUCUCAGCUGAGGGAGAAGAUUGGCUGAAAAUGCGGAGCGUGCUCAGGCAGCUCAUCAUGCGUCCCCGAGACGUGGCAGUCUUCUCUGAUGAUGUGAACCAAGUGGUGGAUGACCUCAUCAAGAGAGUUCGUAUUCUGCGCACGCAGGAGUCUGACGGAGCGACUGUCCUCAAUGUGAAUGACCUCUUCUUCAAAUAUGCCAUGGAAGGUGUGGCAACCAUUAUGUACGAGUCCCGACUAGGCUGUUUGGAAAAUGAGAUUCCCAAGGAAACCCAAGACUACAUUAGUGCGCUGCACCUCAUGUUCAGCUCCUUCAAGACGACCAUGUAUGCCGGGGCGAUCCCAAAGUGGCUCCGACCUGCCAUGCCCAAACCCUGGGAGGAGUUCUGUCUCUCCUGGGAUGGCCUCUUCAAAUUCAGCCGCAUUCACGUUGAUAAGAGGCUUUCAGAGAUCAAGGCCCAGCUGGAGCGGGGAGAGGAGGUGAAGGGGGGACUGCUCACACACAUGCUCGUUACCAGGGAGAUGAGCGUGGAAGAGAUCUACGCCAAUUUGACGGAGAUGCUACUGGCCGGGGUCGACACGACAUCCUUCACCCUUUCCUGGGCCAGCUACCUGUUAGCGCGCAACCCUCAUGUACAGCAGCAAAUCUUUAUGGAAGUGAAGAGGACUCUGGGACCUGGAGCAGUUGCCACAGCCGAGGAUGUCCCCAAUCUGCCUCUCAUCAGAGGGCUGGUCAAAGAGACUCUCAGGCUUUUUCCAGUUCUCCCUGGCAACGGACGGAUUACCCAGGAUGACUUGGUGGUGGGCGGAUACUUCAUCCCCAAAGGGACUCAGUUGGCCCUUUGUCACUACUCCACAUCUUUCGAUGAAGAGAACUUCCCUGACGCUUCAGACUUCCGGCCGGAUCGCUGGAUACGGAAAGAUUCCACAGAUCGGGUCGACAACUUUGGCUCCAUUCCCUUUGGCUACGGCAUCAGGAGCUGCAUCGGCAAGAGAGUGGCAGAGUUAGAGAUGCAUCUAGCUCUCACAAGGCUCAUUCAAAAGUUCCACAUUGGCACGUCUCCUCUCACUGAUGACGUCAAGGCCAAAACCCACGGUCUGCUCUGCCCUGCUGACCCCAUCCACCUGCAGUUCAUCGACAGGGAAAACUAGUCUCAGACUCCUCUCCAUAAGGUCUACUGUACUGUAUGCUUUUAAAGCGCUUAUUCAUUAUUAGGGUUUUUUAAAAAUACACUGCUUUUAGUACACCUUCCACUGUUAGGUUGUAGGUACCAAGCUGAGACUGAGGUUUUACUCAGGCAAGAAAUGUGUCUCACCUUCACCUGUUUGUUAGUGGGGAGGACAAACAAAUAGUGCUGGGCCAGUCAUGUAAAGAUAAAAGCUGUUCUUGGAAGUAUAUUAUUUGUAGUCUACGUAGUGAAAACCACUGCAGUUUGGACUGUUACUCCUUCCAUUUAUUCUAUUCAAAAUAGUGAGUGGAAAAAUGAACUAUAAUCUAUAUACUCAAACUGUAUCCUUUUUAUAUUAAUAUGUGUAUGUAAUAAUGUGUGCACACACAUUAAUACAUGAUUAUGCUGUUUCCUCCCUGAGUUUGAGAAAGCAAUUCACUGAGAAUGUUGAAGGGAAACCACGAAUGUACUGAAAACGAGCUGUUUUAAGAGGUACAGUAUGUAUAUAAUGAGCUUUAUUUUAAGAUUGUGUUUUCUUUGUGUUGCAAGCCAAAAUAUUGUUGCAGGUAGCUUUUUUUUCUGGCACCACAAUUUUUUUAUUUACACCAUGGAAGAACAUUAUCACUAAAGUGGCAUUACAUGAUUUUGAUCCAUGCACUGUAUAUACAGGAAACAUUAACUACAGUUAACUGAUAACUAACGCUAACUGUUUUUAAUGUUUUUACAUGUAAACAUAUAAUUCUAGUAAAAUUGUUUUUUAAAUAAAAAGAAAUCUGAUCAUCUUGUGAGUUGGAACUAAUGGCUUAACAUUUAUAAACUCAAUUUAAAAAAGUAGAAUAUUUGCUCAACUAACUAUUUUUUUCACACUAUAUAUUUGGAUCAAAAAACGUGCUCGUUGUUUCUGGUUUAUAUGCUGUUUGUGUGAAUACAAGUAAUUUACCAGAAUGUCGGUUACAUUAUGAUUUUAUUGAGAGGGAUAAUGUAUGUCACAGAACAGUUUUUGCAAGAUGGAAGAGACAAGUUGUUGGAUUGUGCUGUAAUGAAGGAUCACACUGGUUUGCAUGGAGGAAAAUGGAAACUUUUAUAUCUUUGUAUUUAUCUGCUCUUUUGUCUUUCUGUACCCUUUUUAUACUGUAGUUCCAGUAAAACUGGGAAACAAUAAAAAUGAUCUAAAUAUUAUUUUAAA